ACCUUUAUUUCUCAGAAAUAUGUGGAGAAGUUGAAAUCUCUUGACCAGUAUGAAGAAUUAAACCUACAGUAAAUGGAACGUUCAGGUGGAUUAAACUUGUCAGUUUAACUCAAACCAAACUAAUUAGCUGCAAUCCUCAAAACUGACUCCUGAUGGUGAAUUUUGAUCCUGAGGCAAAUCAAGAGCUUGAGAUGCUGGAAAAAUAAAUGUUUCUAAUAGAGGAAUCUAUCUACAGAACUAUUUGAAGUAUCUAUUCCAGGCUACAAGCACAUGAAACAAUGUUGGAAAGAAGUGCAGCUGCUCAAGAAAAGCAGCAUUGAUGAUUGGACUAAAACCCAGUGGAGAGAGAUUAAUGUGGAACAGAUGGAUGUGCAGCUCAGAAGGUUUGCCAAGGCAGGUUCCACAGCCGCCUAUUUCUGCAAUUUAUCUGUCUCAGUGCCACCCCUUCCUCACUCUUCCCACCCACUUGGAUGCUUUGGUCAGGCUUUUAAUAGCAGAAGACCUUCUCAGGCCUUCUGGGGCUCCAGUUUUGUAAAGGGAGAAGAUGAAGUCCAAAGUGUAGCUGUCGAUGCUGUGCAUGACUUGAGCACUGAGAAGAUUUUGGAAGAAAUCUGCCAAACAUGGACUGCCAUGGAAUUUUCUUACCAAGAGCAGAAAAGAAUAGAAAUUCCUCUAUUAAAGUCCAAUGAACAGCUGCUUGAAACUUUAGUUUCAGAUGCAAGUGAUUCUGAAAAGUAAAUAUGUGGAACAUUUCAUUGAACAAGUGAAAGGCUGGAAAAGUAAAUAAAACACGGCAGAUUCUGUCAUUUCUAUUUGGAUGGAACUUCAA